CACUGCAAUCCAAAGUAUAGUGAAAACUAGUCGAGAUGUUCAUCGAAAGCUUCCUGAUCCUAUUGGCGCUCAACUUCCUGUCCGCAGGAGGAGUAAACCUACCCGAAGAACGCAUUAUCGGUGGGCACCCUACUAAAAUCGAAGAUGUUCCCUGGAUGGUUUCCAUCCAAAUAUACGGACAACAUUGGUGUGGAGGGUCCAUUUACAAUGCAGAUACCAUCAUAACAGCAGCCCAUUGCUUUUUUAAUAAUGGGACAAGGCUAGAUCCCCGAUAUUUUGAAAUUCGCGCUGGAUCGCACUCGAAACAAUCCAAUGGAACUCUUGUCAAAUUGGCCGCGGUAACAAUACAUGAAUAUUAUGUUCACAAAGAGUAUCCAUUUUUCGUUCUUAAAAACGACAUCGCCGUCGUUCGGUUAAGUGAACGACUUGAGUUUACCAGCAAAGUGCAGCCCAUUCCUUUGGCCGAGUCUAAUCCUGAACCUGGAACGAUGUCCUUUGCCACUGGCUGGGGAAGUAUGUACGGAACGGAUGCGGGGGAUCCGAGCAAAGGACCCAUAAAUCUUCAAGGAGUAAAGCUCCGCAUUGAAUCGCCUAACUUUUGUAGAAUAUCCCAUGAUGGAUCAAGGAUUUGCGCUGGAUAUUAUUGGCAAAACACUUGCAGAGGCGACUCUGGAGGACCAUUGAUAAUUAAUCGGCAACUUGUGGGUGUUAACUCCGCAGGUGGGGAAUUUUGCGAAACGCCAACAAUAUUCUCAAGUGUGUCCUACUACCGAGAAUGGAUUUUGAAUGCUAUUAAAUCUUUUCCCCAACAUGUUUAGCAAUGUUCUUAACACAAUCAAAUAAAUAUUUACUGCAGCAUAUGUCAAAAGCAACAGAAA